GUUUAUAGCUCCAAUUGCGUAUUUGCUGUUGUAUUCAGAUUUUAACAACUUUUAGUUAUUUUCGCGGCAAACAUAAAAUUAAAAAUGAGUACUGAGGUGCAAUUCAACAAUAAUGUCGCAAAGAUAACGGAAGACGUUACCUGCGAGGAUUCUAAAGUCACGAAAAGCACUAUUACAAAAAUUCUGUCGAAAAUAAAGCGUUUUCAGGAACGUAUACGCAAACACAUCGAAGACAAUUAUGUUGAAUUUAUGCCAAAUCAAACAUCCGCCGAUAUGUACCUCGAUGAGGGGGAACUUUUGGCGUGUGAGGCGGAGAAUUUGUUGCAGGCAAUUUGCAGCGAAACGAAUGCUGAACUACAUCAUUCCAACUCCGAACUGGUUGCGUGCAUCAACGAAUUCCAUGAAAUGUAUCUAGAUUUCCGUGUAUCUCACCGCAUACUCAAGGUGGACGACCUUUUUCAAUGUGUCGAAGAUGCAAAUUCAAACAAGGAGUAUUUAGUAGUGCUCGAUCAUUUGAGCAAACUAAAAAGUUUAAUAUAUGGUGAGAGUGAUGUGGACUGUAACUUUCAAAAAUGCGAUUGCUAUGACACAAUAAUGGUAAAAUAUCAUAUACAAGCAAAUAUAUUACGACAGAACUUAGAACAACGAUUCGAGCUGCUUGUGCAAUUCACAGAGAAGCAAGUAUCACAUUCGAAAUAUGUCACGAUACAAGUAUCGAAGGAUGUUAAUCAGUUACAAGAUACUGUGAUGGCGUUGUUUCAAGCGCGUUACAAUCCCAUUGGAAUGUGCGAUUUUUUACUAGAGAACUGUUUUGAGCCGCUUAUCUUAAAACCCGCUACCCUGGAGUACAUUGAGGACAACCACGAUCAUGUACAACUAACCCUUUCAUAUCCGUUGAAGGAAAUGGGCAAAAGUUUACGUCCCUCCUAUAAGAAAGUUUUCGAAAAUAUUAAGUUUGUUUUACAUUGCCUGGCCAAUAUAAACGUUUCAAUAUCCAAUGAUCAACAAGUAUUCUCCAUUAUAGGGGAUCAUAUCAAGCAACGUUUGUUAAGUCUGCUUGUAGAAGAAUGCCUAAUGCAUGCGAUACCAAAAACAAUCAGUGAAUUCGAGGAAUCAACGCUAGUAGAGGACGUUAUCCAAUUUGAACACUUUCUAGCCGAUGCCUUUCUUAUUAAUGCCGAAACUGAUGGAGCCUUAAGCGAUUUCACCGAAAAGUUUGAAACACAUUUCCGUGAACAAUUCAACAAUAAGCUUUUGGAUAGCGCAAUGGAUAUCAUUCAUAAAGAUUUGCAAGACAUGGCAUUAAUUGCUGAGAAGAAUACCGCUGAGGAUAUAGCCAAAAAUCCAUUUCUAUUUCCUUGUUGUAUGGUUUCGAAGAGCACACUGGAACUAAUUAAGCUGAUGGAACGCAUACUACGCCAAUCGCACGACACAGAUGACGAAAGCCUACUGAACGUAAUCAGUGUCAUACUUCAUUCAUAUGUGGGCAUGGUACCGAAGAUACACGGAAAGCUAUUGGAGAGCAUACCGCAACAAUCAGCCUUAUUUUAUAACAACUGCCAAUUUCUAGCACAUUGGGUGACCACGAAUUCGGAAAAGGGCAUACCCACAUAUCCAGCCCUGGUUAAGACAUUGCACAUAACCGGUAGCAAAUAUUUGAAUACACAAAUCAACCAUCAGCAAAAGAUUAUAAUGGGCAUACUAAAGGAGUUUGAUAUCUCCGAUGCAUACACAGUUGGCACGGCACCAUUGAAAUUAUUGCGCCAAUGCUUGGGUCAAUUGGAGUUAUUAAAAAAUGUUUGGCAGAAUGUUCUACCCGACGCUAUGUACAAUAAAAUACUUUGUGAUAUUUUGCAUGAUUUUUGUAAUGAAAUUAUACGGUGCGUACUCACAACGGAGGAUAUUUCUGCAACAGUGGCAAAUGAGCUAAGUGAAUUGAUCGGUGUCAUAUUGGAGAAAGUGCCAAAGUUGUUCAAGUCCAAACGAGACAUGACGAAUAUUAAGUCUUGGAUGAAACUUGUACAAUUAAAAACUAUACUCAGCUCAUCGUUGCAAGAAAUCACCGAGCAAUGGUGUGAGGGUGCUGCCAUAUUUACAGCCAAUUACAAAGUCGAGGAAGUCAAGCAUCUUAUACGUGCACUUUUCCAAAACACCGAUCGGCGCGCUAAGGCACUAACUUCCAUAAAUUAAUUUUCUAUUUUGUACACAACGCAAGGAUCGUUUUUUACAUUCUUUUUCUAAUAUACAGUCUUUAUACGGAAUUUCCUACGAAGUAUUUUGUAAUAAA